CAGAUCCGAGACGGAAUCUCUGUAUCGAUCUCUGCAAUUUAGUUAGAAGAGACAGUGUGCCAAAGGAGGAAGACUUAUGUGAAAGGAUGGAUGCAGCUACAGUUGGGUAGAAGAAAAGGCAAUAAGAAAUACUGGAGCAGUAUAAAAGCACUCAAUUCUUUCGGAGGGACGUUUGGACCAGGAUUCAGUUGUGCUGGCGGUUAUUGCUCGACUGGAUAUCACAAUGAACUCCGACACUCAGUAUGAGGACUCAGUGUCCAUCAUGGUUCUGGAGAACAUCAAGAACAAGCUGUUACAUGCUUUCAGAACAUCAGCAGAACCGAGAACCUCUGCUGAGACAGCUAUUCAUCCAAUCAGAAAGAGUUUACAAGUAAACGAAGAGCUUCGGAGAGCCAAAAUAGAAGGAGCCAUAACUUGGUUAAGAUCAGAACUGCUGGAGAUGCGCUCUCAGGACCGUCAGCUGGCUCAGACUCUGCUGGGACUCAAUAAGGAGAUUCAGAGGCUCAGACGAGAGAACGGAUCUCUGCUUCUGGACGCUGACAGCACUGAGCACCUGUGACCCCACAGAGCAGAGCAGGGCUUAAUGAGAGAACAAUGCCCUGACAAGCAGAUGCCUGUAGAGGAGUGGAGCACAAAUAACUCUCCUGUCCUGGAGUGCACUUUGUUAAAAUGUCUUGUUAGUGAAAUGUAUGUGAAAACUUGACCAAAUAUCAGUCAAACUGGGUGCUGAGAUUUGUACUCAAAACUACAUAUACAUCCCUUUACACCUGGCAUUAACAUACCAUUUUGGUGAUCAAAUCACGAUUGGAAAGCACUUGACCACAGGUGUAAAUGCAUCCAAGACACAUUGUAAUCAUAAAACCACACUAGGAUGGAUUCUGACCCCUGAUUUUAUAGGAUUUCUAUGUGAUGAUCAGACUGGAGAAGCAUUGGAAUGACAGUGUAAAUGCAAUGCAAUUAAACAUAUCCUAUUAAUAAUAUAUAUAAUACUAUUCGGAUACAAAACAUGUUAAUACCAGAUGUAAAGGGAACUAGCCUUAAGAAGGUUGA